AUGUCCUUCGUCUAUCGGCUGCUGAAAAGGGUCAUGCUCUUCGCCAUGCCACCAGACUACGACAAAGUCCCCGACAAAGAGCAGUACAUGAAGAACAACCGCGCCGAUGGCGGCAAGCCAGCUGCGUCGUUCGACGAAGUCGAGGUCGUAACGAUACCGAACCCUCCACCUGGACCCGACCACUAUCCGCUCAAGAUCAUCUACGGCGGCUUGAUGCGCAUGGGCAGUCUGAGCUUUGCGCACGCGUUGGCGAGGCUGGGGUUUCGAACGCACCAUCUGCUUGAGGAUGGGUGGGAGGUCUGGGAUGAUGUGUUAAGGGCUGCGGAAGCGACGUUUCCGAAACCGGGAGAGAAGCCGAAGCCGUUCACGAGGAAGGAUUGGGAUAAGAUGCUUGCGGGGUAUGAUGCGACGACGGAUCUGGCGGGGAUGUUCGUGCCGCAGCUGGUGGCGGCGUAUCCGGACGCGAAGGUGGUGGUUGUGCAAAGGGACUUUGAGAAGUGGUGGCCAUCGAUGCUGAGUGAGAUUGUUGAGGGGAAUUUCCCGGAUAGUGUGUGGAAGGUGUGGGCUAUUAAGGUGAUCUUUGGUUGGGUUGUGGGUGCUAGUGCUGGGUACGCGAUGAGGAGGGCGCUUGCUGGGUGGUUUAGGGCGGAUGAUUUGGAGGGGAUCAAGAGGAAUGCGAGGGCGAGGUAUGAAGAGCAUUAUGCGUGGAUUAGGGAGAAUGUGCCGAAGGAGAGACUGUUGGAGUAUCGGAUGGGUGAUGGAUGGGAGCCGCUGGCGGAGUUCUUGGGUGUUGAGGUGCCGCAAGGUGUGCCAUUUCCGAGGGUCAAUGACAAGGUCGAGCAUAGGAAGCGGACGACGAUGAGGCUGAAUUGGCUGCUCCCGCAGUUGAAGAGGAGGGUAUUGGUGGGUCUUGCUGUUCCUGCUGUGGUUGUGGCGAUAUCGAUACCUCUGCUCAGGGUUUUUGGGCUUGUAUGA